GCCUAGACUGACGGCGCCGAACGCCCAUGCCCCAGUCGUAGCCGCGCCGGACGGCCUCGCACGUAAGGAAGCAGCGGAGGAGCAGCGGAGGUCCUCGGCGAAGGGACGGAGGCCGGAGCAGGAGACGCGGGCGGGCGGGCGCAGGAGCGGCGCGCCCCGGGAGCAUGUCUCAGGGGAUGCUGGGCCACCACCACCCCGGAGAGCACCUCGGCAUGGAGGACCUGGCCGCCGUGCCGAUCUGGGACCAGCACCUCCACCACAACCUGCACCACAACCUGCAUUUCACCUCCAAUUAUAUCACCGCCAAUGCGUGGCCCUCAGCAGAUGUCAAGACUUACGGAUUGCACAGAUACCCCGGGAGCGCGAUGCUUGCGGGCUCCUUGACUCCGCCAGACAAGGUCAACGGGAGGCACACCACCACCCGCCCACCACCACCACCACAUCACGCCCUCAUGCCCGUCAUGCCCACUCUUCACACGCCGCCCUCGCCCCUGCCCACGCCCUCGCCGCCCGUCUACGAUAGGUUCGCGCCGAAGGAGCAGCGCCUCACGCGGGAGGCGAUGCAGCGGUACCUGCGCGAGCGCGGCGACCAGACGGUGGUGAUCCUGCACGCCAAGGUGGCCCAGAAGUCCUAUGGCAACGAGAAGCGCUUCUUCUGCCCUCCGCCGUGCAUCUACCUGUACGGCGACGGGUGGCAACGCAAGCGGCACGAGCUGCAGCGGGCCGGCGCCUCCGAGCACGACUCCCAGCUGUGCGCCUUCAUCGGCAUCGGCAACUCGGACCAGGACAUGCAGCAGCUCGACCUCAACGGGAAGCACUACUGCGCCGCCAAGACCCUCUACAUCAGCGACUCCGACAAGCGAAAACACUUCAUGCUGACCGUGAAGAAGUUCUGGGGCAACGGCGCGGACAUCGGCGUCUUCCACUCGCGCAGGAUCAAGGUCAUCUCCAAACCGUCCAAGAAGAAGCAGAGUCUCAAGAACGCCGACUUGUGCAUCGCGUCGGGCACGAAAGUGGCGCUGUUCAACCGCCUGCGCUCCCAGACGGUGUCCACGCGGUACCUGCACGUCGAGAACGGCAACUUCCACGCUUCGUCGACGCAGUGGGGCGCUUUCACGAUACACUUGCUGGACGACAACGAGAGCGAGAGCGAGGAGUUCAGCGUGCGCGACGGGUACAUCCACUACGGGUCGACGGUGAAGCUGGUGUGUGCCGCGACGGGCAUGGCGCUGCCCAGACUCAUCAUCCGGAAGGUGGACAAGCAGACGGCCCUCAUGGACGCCGACGACCCCGUCUCACAGCUGCACAAGUGCGCCUUCUACAUGAAGGACACGGAGCGCAUGUACCUGUGCCUCAGUCAGGAGCGCAUCAUUCAGUUCCAGGCCACCCCCUGUCCCAGAGAACCCAACAAGGAGAUGAUCAAUGACGGGGCCUCCUGGACCAUCAUCAGCACAGACAAGGCUGAAUACCAGUUCUAUGAGGGCAUGGGUCCUGUCCGUGCUCCUGUCACACCAGUACCUAUUGUCAAUUCUCUGCACCUAAAUGGAGGUGGUGACGUCGCCAUGUUGGAGCUCACUGGAGAGAGCUUCAGCCCCAACCUGCGUGUGUGGUUUGGUGACGUCGAAGCAGAGACGAUGUACCGCUGUCAGGAGUCUAUGCUCUGUGUUGUACCCGACAUCUCUGCUUUCCGAAGGGGGUGGCAGUGGGUUCGUCAGCCUACACAGGUGCCUGUGUCUUUAGUCCGUAAUGAUGGCAUAAUCUAUGCUACCAACCUUACCUUCACAUACACACCCGAGCCUGGCCCGAGGCAGCACUGCCCCCAGGCGGACGACAUUAUGAGACCACCCCAGCAUCGCCUGCCACCCGCCUCACUGCACGACACGCCCACCUCCGCCCACGCGCACCAUCAUGCCUCGCCACCAGCCAACCCCCUUGUACCUCUACAGUUCGAACCUUCACAGCCACUUCAUACAUCCACCCAACAACAACAUCAGCAACAACAACAGCAGCAGCAGCAGCAACAGCAACAGCAGCAACAACAGCAACAGCAGCAACAACAGCAGCAGCAGCAGCAGCAGCAACAGCAGCAGCAGCAGCAUCUUUAAAGGCCUUGACUCUGUCUUCCCUAAGCUUACAAAGGAAAGCCCAUGAAACAGGCAUACUGCAAAAGAAAAUAAUUACAGGAGCAGCACGUAUGCCAUGGGUGAUAUUGAAAUUCAGUUAAAAAAAUAUGAAAUACGGUGUUGUGUUGUUCGUUGUGUUGGGCUGUGAAAUGCUCCCGAAACACAUGCUUGUGCCCAGUGAAAGUGAAGUGAAAUAUUGUUAGUGAUAAAACCCAUUGUGCCGUGCUCGCUGAUAGAGACAGUUUUGACACAGUACCCAGUCGGACACUUGAGGGUUAACUUGAUUCCUUACUCUUUACUUGGGCAGACACUAUAACAAGUGCUGUAAUGAGCAUAUUGGAAAAAUGAAGUUUACUCAUCGUGAUGUGUGUACAACAUAGUUUUGGAUUUGCGAAGUUUUGUAUAAUCACGUCUGUACAUGACAUUCCAUUUUUAAAAAAUGACCACACUCAAUGUACAAAGUUAAUUAGUGACUAGUGUAGGAAAUUUGCAAAGAAUAUUUGUUUACUGAAUGGGAAAUGUAACUCCAUGAAAACUCAAAUUCAAAGGUUUUGGCUGCAACUGAUAUACUUCUCUAGAGGUUCCUUCUACUGUUUGUGAUAUUUUUGUACUCGUAUGAUUGAAAGUAUUUUUAGAUCUCAACUUAGGUAUUUGAUCUAUUUCUUGAGUGAAUUUUGUAUUGUUUUAUUUUUGUAAAUAUUGGAUUAGAUUGUAUUCUUUUUUUCUUUUCUUUUUUUUUAAUUCUAUAUUUUAAUUUUAAUAGCCACAAAACUCGUAGGGCUAAUCGAAAGCUACACUUAAAAAGUUCAGCAGUGUACUGUUAGGUUAGUGUGGCUGUGUCUGGUCCACCUCUUCGUUAUAACAUACACAGUAACUCUAUUAUCAGACCUAUUGUGAAAUAUGCAUCACAUGGUAUAACUACUGUUAAAUAGAACAUUUUUUUAUGUAUCAAAGACUAUACCUAUGUUAGAAUUGGUAUAGAGCAUGAAGUAUAUGACGAGAGACCAUGCUUUGUACAUUUGUAAACAUCAGGUUUUGUAUUUGGGUAUGUAACUAUUCUGUAAAUAAUUGCCGACAGUGUCAAAAGAAAAUUUUUCAAACCCUAAAUUUGGGAGAGGGAAAACCAUUUCACAGUCAUAUAAACAAGGGUCACAGGUUCCGCGAGGUCACAGUUCACGUUAGAAAAUGAGUGUAAUUUUUGGUCACAAAGGGCAGGGAGUGCCACAGGUACUCUGCCCAGAUGUAGCACACAUUGAAGUUUGUGAUAAGUGUACAGCAGUCUCUUUAUGUACAGUAUUUAAUAUUCAUUCAUGCAAUAAAGUUCAGUUUGUAA